ACAUAUUCCUUACUGUCAGUGCAGCACAAUUAAUAAAACUGAACGUAGCUAACCUAGCGUGCCAAUGUGUUAGCUGUCCUCAGUGUUAAGUUACCAUAUCAACGACAGUGCACAUUACAUGGCGAAAAGGAUACCGAAAAACGCCAAGUAUCACCAUAUCAAAACCCGCCUGGAUACAGGAUGCAGCCUUACCAAGUACAUGGAAAGACUUGAAGAAAUAAAAAGAAAUUACAGGUAUCGAAAGGAUGAAAUCUUCAAACGGUUAAAAGUGACAACAUUUGCACAGUUGAUUCUUCAAGUGGCAUCCGUAUCAGACCUAAAUGAGAACGAGUGUGAAUCGCAAAGACCAGAAGAUGUACUGUCCGUGGUGUCGGAUGCAGAGCUGGAGUCUCUGUCCGAACACACCAACGGCUCCCCACAGGCAUCUCUAGUGACAGAUCAUCCUGAUUCAAGAGAAGCCAAGGACAUCUGCUGUACCUCCAGGUCAACGCUUCUCAGUGUCAUCAGCGGUGUGGGGGAGUUGAACUUGGACAAAGGCAAUCAUCAGCCCAUGCUCAGCUCCGAGCCGGGUGACAGACCCUACCCCGACUGCCCCUACUUGCUGUUGGACGUCAGAGACAGAGACCAGUACGACCGCUGCCACAUCAUCACCGCUCACAGUUUCCCCAUCACCAUGCUGUCUCGAACAAUGAACCCAUACACCAAGGAAGUACUGGACUAUAGAAACGCAGCGGGGAAAAUUAUUAUCGUGUAUGAUGAGGAUGAGAGGAUAGCCAGCCAGGCAGCCACCACCAUGUGUGAACGGGGAUGUGAGAACCUGUUUAUGUUGUCUGGAGGUUUGAAGAUCAUCGCUCAGAAGUUCCCUGAAGGGUUGACGACGGGCACCAUCCCGACCUCGUGUCUUUCUCCUCCCGCUUCAUUAAAGGGAAAGAAGUGUUCUGCACCACAGCACACACCACAGGUGGCAGAGAAGAGAUGGAGGUUCACGUCAGAUGAGCUGACCAAGAUCCAGGAGCAGCUGGAGGAGAUCCUCAUCCCCACUAACCCCAACAGUCGCAUGUCCAGCCAGAUGUCGACUGCCAGCUCUCAGUCCAAAAUGUCCAGUGCUCGGAGUCGACAAAGUAUAUCUACAGCUGGGAGGGACAACAUCAGGGUGCAGAGCAGCAAACCCUGGAAAUAACCCCUCAGACAAACUCAGAAUACACUGUCCAUUUGUUUCAGUUUAAGCUUGGUCUGUAAUGUGGUCUAAAACAGUCCUGUUUCAGUCACACGCACUAAUUAUUACACUGUUUUUUUGCAGGUUUUCCAUCCCAUUGCACAAAGUAAAUUUUUUUUCAAAUAAUAUAGUUUAUAUUAGCUAUCCUUCACGUAAAAGUGCUACAUUUCCAUCCACUACUGAUUGAAGAAUGGGCAGCAAUAUUAAAAGUAAUGAUUAGUCUCCUCUGACAUACAUUUUGAUUGAUUGUUUCUAUCAAAAACAGGGUCAUUAUCUAUAAACUACACAAACUUGGGAACACAGAUUCAGAUGGGGUUUUUUUUUUCUCAGAUUCAGAUUUUCACCAAAACCCUCAGACCCCUCAGUCUUGGCUUUUCAUGUGUUUUUUUUCUCGUCUCUGUGUCUUAUUCUUAAUAUUUAAUAACCUGUCUAUAUUUCAGUGUUUUCACAGUGCCUCAUGUGAACCAACUUUUAGCACUCAGACUAAUGGCAUUCGACACUAUUGUUAUCAUCUUUGUCAUUGCUUAUUUCUGUUGAUUUUAAGCCCUUUAUUUAUUGCAUGAUGCGAUUAUGUAUUGAAUGAUAUGUCAGAUGACAAAAGAUUAUUCAAAGCCCAAUCUCCUUUGUCAAAAACUUCAGUUCUAGUUUUCGUUUUUGUUUUUUAAUAUUCCCUACAGUCAUAAUGUCUGGUUGCACUGAUGGCCUUUCAUGCGUUUGCUUGAACCAGGGCACUGUUACAUUGUCACUGCAGUGACUGUGUGAGGCCUUCACAAAAAAGACGGUGGGCAACAAAAAAGUCAGUAUUGCAAAUGUGCAGCCUUUUGCAUUGUGCUAGCAUAUUGUUUCUUUUUACUUUGUUGACCUUCUCCACAUAAACUCACAGUCUCCUAUGACACACAUUUAACAUAAAGAAAGGAGUUAGAUUUUUGUGUUGUUUCACCAUGAGCCUUAACUGACAUCAAUUUGCUGAUCAUGUGAUUUGUUUUUUGUGAAUAAAUGUCCAAUAACCAAAUGAA